UACUUUCCUAAUGGCAUCUAGUUAUCCAAACCCAAACAAUCCACAGCUACCCUCCUAAUCUAGAAGAAUAAGCAUACAGAAUCAUCAAAAUCAAACCCAGAAAGAAAACCGCCAUGGCCGGAGUGGAGAUACUGCCCAAAGAGUAUGGAUACGUGGUCAUCGUUCUCGUCCUCUACUGUUUCCUCAACCUCUGGAUGGGUUUCCAAGUUGGCACAGCUCGCAAGAAGUAUAAGGUUCCCUAUCCUACCAUGUAUGCAAUAGAAGCUGAAAACAAGGAUGCUAAGCUCUUCAACUGCGUUCAGAGAGGACAUCAGAAUUCACUGGAAAAUAUGCCUGUAUUUUUCAUGCUGAUGAUAUUGGGAGGAAUUAGGCACCCUUUGAUUUCUGCAUCCUUAGGAGCCAUAUACAUUGUUUCUCGGUAUGGCUAUUUCACUGGUUAUGCCACUGGUGAUCCUACAAAGCGCUAUACUCUUGGGAAAUAUGGUUUCAUUGCAAUUUUUGGUCUUCAGAUUUGUGCAAUAUCCUGUGCAAUUAAGCUUCUAACAUCAUGAACUAGAAGAUGCUGCUUGGUAGUUGUCUCUUAUAUUUGCCUAGACAAAUCCAUUGUUUUUGGAAUAUAGUUCUCUGCGUAAUAGUUGUGCUGUGGUUAUGUUAUUUUAACCUUUAAACGAGGCGCUGCCUUAACUGUUGUCAUGUAGAAACUUUGCCAACCAUAUGGUUUUGUUUUUGGAUAUGACUGCAAUAAAAUGUAUUAAUGUUUGCAUACAUAUCAA